AUGGGCUGGGAGGACUAUUACACGCUUCUGGAAGACGUGACUAUUUUCAUCGCGAUUCUGCAAAGGUUGGGAAGUUCUCUGCACAUGCUACACUCGCGCCAAUCGUCUCCUCCGAUCACGACCGACCCAGACUGCACGCAGUAUGACGGAUAUUUCUAUGUCACGCCACGAAACUAUACCUGGCAGUUGCAAUGUGCCAGCACCUACGAUGGCACGAUCAUCGCUCAAACGACGGACGCCACUGACCUGGGCUCCUGCAUCGAAGAGUGUGUCAAUUACAACCAUCAGAAUACUCCCGGUUCCUGCUUGGCAGUCACUUUCAAUGGUGCUUAUGAUACGGCGGACACUGUCUGCACCCAGUUCAGCGAUGUGGCUGCGGUUAACAUUGCAUCUGAAGAAGGAGGUCGGUAUACUCAGCACCCUGCACCUAUCUCGGUCGAGACCGUGGAACGGCGCCCUAGAGGCACAACUGUGACGUUGUUGUCGUUCUGCUUUGCGAAUUUUGAUGGAGAGAUGGAGAAAUCUUUGCAACAAACCAGAGCCAUCGUUCUCUGGAGAGCCAACCCAAGGACCGACUGUGGUUCCAGUCCCUACCUCGAGCACAACAACCCCAGCUGUGGUCACUACAACAAGCACCCUAGUAUUGAUAUCGAAUUCCCCAACCGUGAGCACUUCAUAUGCUGUGCUCACCACUACAACUACUUCUACUGUAUCAGUGACGGGGGCUCCAGACCGGCCACGUCUGUGGCACCUGCGAGCACCACCAGCACAACAGGAGCCUUUACAUUUGACUCAGGCCAGACAACACUGACGAAUGUUGUGCCCUUCACUGAAUACAGGCUCCAGCUCAUCGAAGUCUGUGCGGCAACACCAGCGCCAUGCUCACAAUCCACCAGCUCGUGCCCUCCGAUUCCCGGCUUGGCAACCAGCGAGUAUUUUAUGGAUUUCAGUCAACAGACCACCACUCCUUCAGACUGGAUCCUAGCCGACUAUGCUACUGUUGGCUACGGGUCUCCUAACGGUGCUAACUUUACUUUUGCAAAGCGAUACGACGCCCCGUACAUCUGGACUCGCUUCUAUGUUCUCUUCGGGCGCAUAGAGGUGGUCGUCCAGGCCGCCCCUGGUGCUGGUAUCAUCACAAGUUCAGUCAUGAUGUCGGACGACUUAGAUGAAAUAGACUGGGAGUGGUCGGGAAACAACUUCGCAGGGUCCAGUGGUGCUGUUCAGACCAAUUACUUUGGCAAAGGUCAGGUUGGCAAUUCUGACCGUGGCUCUCAGCCUGCUGUGAACGAUCCUGAACACAACUUCCACACAUACGCCUUAGAUUGGCAACCAGAUAAAUUGAUCUGGUCCAUCGACGGUGUCGCUGUGAGGACAUUGAACAACAACGGCGCAACGACUGGGUCAUACCAAUACCCGCAGACACCGUCCCGGCUACAUCUGGGCCUUUGGUGCUCAGGAGACCCGAGUACUCCUUAUGGUACUGUGUACUGGGGCGGAGGAUACACGAAUUUUAGCGCGGCCCCCUUCUCGGCGUACGUGAAGUCCGUCAAAAUCACGACCAACAACAUGUGUUCAAGCUGGCAAUAUUCCAGUCCAUUCGACGGCACUUAUCAGUCUGUGCAAUGCACGAAUCAAACACUUGCACUUCCUUGUUCUUAUACAGUCGUCGCUGGCGAUGACGGCUCUUCCAUUGCAAAGAACUUGACAGUGAAUUUUGAUACCCUCCAGGCUGCAAACCCAGGGGUCAACUGGGAUCAAUUGUUGGUUGGUCAGGUGCUCAUAGUACCCGGCGGCACUUGUCCAACGUCGACCACAGCAUCAACACCUUCGUCCACGAGUCUUACUUCGACAAUGUCUUCGACCACUGCAUCUUCCUCAAGUCCACCUGAUAAUUCGAGCCUCAGCAUUUUGACGAGUGCGUCGUCAGCUUACACAUCCUCAUCUAGCUCAUCAACAACAUCAUCGUCCACAACGACACCGGUACCCUCAACUUCGACUUCCUUGAGCACAACGACAUCCUCAGCUGGGUCACCGAGCUAUUCAAGCACCGCUCUCUCAGCAAGUGGAGCACCUAGCACAACAACUUCAACCCAGGCCUCCUCGGAUCAAUUCUCGGCUAACACUGCUACGUCGACCUCAGCUUUGACCACCACAACUUCGACGACCAGCACAAGCUUGGCUUCUAUUGUUUCGACCACAACCGGCAUAGGUAGCACUACCACGACAUCGCCAGCUCCUUCCCAAGCAGCAAAUACUUACACGGUGGUUGCAGGCGACUUUGGUUGGGCGAUUGCAAGCUCGCUGGGUUGUUCUUGGGAUGCCUUGAAUGGUGCCAAUCCAGGGGUUGAUUGGGAUAAUCUUCAGGUUGGGCAAACUCUGAAUAUUCCUACUCAGGCUACUGGCUCAUCGACACCGACAACCGCAUCAAGCUCCGUAUCUGCUUCUGGCUCUACUUCCACUGGGUUAAGCGAUACAUCCGAUCCCGAUUCUAACUCUAACUCUGACUCUGAGUGUGACUCUGAUACCACAUGUGGAGGACAGCUCGGCAACCAGCCAAGCAGUCCUCAACCAAAUCCAGCAACCUCGACUCUGCUGACAACUACGUGUAUUUCCUCACGUUCAUCUUGCGCAGCUUCUAGUGCGAUCAUCGCGUCGGCAACGACCUCAGCCACUCCGAGCGACUCCGACUCAGAUCCAGAUUCGCUAGCCGCCUCGUCCUCAGCUUCCACCACCGUCAGCGGCGCAGCGGUUUCGACGAGCAUUGUGUCAACCGCAGGUACAUCUAGUUCGAAUGCAGUGAAUCCAGUCACAACGCCGCCACCUUCAGCGUCCAAGUUGGUCUGCAACCAAGACAAUUGUCUCCGCAAUUUGAUCGAUCCUCGCUACUCAUCCGCUAUGCGUCGCUUCUGUGCAGGCUACACCACCACAGCAUCCAAUACCGCCCCUCUGCCGACGUUUUUGGGCGGAUGCUCAGCGAAUGUCAAGCGGGUGCUUUGGAACGGGGACAGCCACUUCAGGAACUCCGGCAAUGACGGGACCACCGUUGCGUGCUGGGAGCCCUUCUUGGAAGCAGACUCCUUCUUGGAAAUUAAAGCGGUCGCCUUUGCGUUGGAACAGACCAGCACUUAUCCUGCUGCUAAGACCCGCAAAUACGAGUGGAGCGAGAAGGCCAAGAGACGCAAGACCACCGGCACCGGCAGAAUGAGGUCUUUGAAGUUGGUCGCCCGGGUUGGAAAGCACGCCGAUGAAGGACUACAAAAGAGAUGGACCGGCGCUUUCGUGGCUGAGAAACCAGGGCUGGAUGAGCGUUGUCUGAAAUCUAAGAUAAGGACUAACCAGGUUUUCUGUGUACAGGAAGGCGAGCAACGCAUUCCGGACCGGCGCGCCCAAGGGUGCUCGUGGGCCCUCAAAGGCAUGAACGGACCAACAAGAUGA